UCAACUGAACGACUCCAGCCAACCCGGAACUUUUAAGUCAACUAAUCAUUCCUGAAAACUUAUUGCAAGGAGUUUCCCCCUGUUUUUCCGAGUAGUUCAAAUGUUACUUUAAGCAAAGUCACUGCUACGGACUGAGUUAGCGCCUUCUGAGGGGAAAGAGACAGCUGCAAAUGUUUCUCGCUCCGACUGCGGCGGUUGUUGUGGGACAGUAGCACUCGAUUUGUCUUUUCAAACCAGCCAGAGAGUGGUGGAGUGAAGAGGUGCCAACAUGCCUCAACAAAAGGACAUAGUGAAGAUAGCCAUCCAGAUGCCUGGGGCCUACCCCCAGCUCAUACAACUGGACCAGAAAAAGCCUCUGUCUGCUGUAAUAAAGGAAGUGUGUGAUGGCUGGAAUCUCUCAGGUCCCGAAACCCAUGCUCUGCAGUAUGCCGAUGGAGUGCAGACAUACAUCACUGAAUCGAAUCGUCUGGACAUUAAGAACGGCUGCAUUCUGCGUCUGACCAAGGCACCGGGCUGCUGUGCAGAGGACUUGUACAAGGGCAUCCAGAGUUUGGACGCAGGCGUGCGCUGCGCUGCGCUGAAGGAGCUGGCGAGUGUUUCCACAGACGUGACCUUUGCUCAGGAGUUCAUCAGCCGAGACGGACACCUCUUAUUGGUCAAGAUAGUAGAGGACUCUAAUGAGAGUAACAUGAUCAUGACCCACACACUGACAGCCUUCAUGGAACUGAUGGAUCAUGGGAUAGUUUCAUGGGAGAACCUCUCGUCUGUCUUCAUCAAGAAGAUCGCCAGCUUCGUCAAUGCCAAGCCAACUGACGCAUCAAUACAGCAGGUGUCCCUGGACAUCCUGGAGAACAUGGUGCUGAGCAGCCACAGCCUCUUCCUGCAGGUCAAACAGGAGGUCACCAUGGAGAGGCUCAUCACUCACCUCCAGGUGACAAACCAGCAGAUACAGACCAAAGCCAUGGCCCUACUUAUGGCACUGCUACAAACAGCCGGGGCCUCAGACAGACAGGAAAUGUUUGCAUUCCUGAAUAAGAAGAAUCUCCGUCAGUACAUUUAUAAAAAUAUCAUCCACAGUUCUGGUUCAGUCCAGGAUGAGAUGGCGCACUACCUCUAUGUCCUACAGUCCGUUACCUUGAAUCACCUGGAGCCGCGCAUGAGGACACCUCUGGACUGUUACAGCCAGGAGCAGAGAGACAUCCUUCACGGUUUGCGGCAGGCAGCAUUCGAGACAGAAAGCGAGAACAGUCUGAGCCACGAGAGACGACGCUCACUGUGCGCCAAAGAGUUCAAGAAGUUAGGCUUCUCUAACAAUAGUAACCCUGGUCAGGAUUUGGUGCGAACGCCUCCUGGUCUUCUAGCUUUGGACACCAUGUUUUAUUUUGCCACACGCUAUCCUGAUGCCUACAGCAGGUUUGUCCUGGAGAACAGCAGUAGGGAAGACAAACACGAGUGUCCAUUUGCCAGGAGCAGCAUCCAGCUCACACUCAUCUUGUGUGAAAUCCUUCGUAUCGGAGAGCCCCCCUCAGAGACGGGAUCUGACUACCACCCCAUCUUCUUCAGUCAGGAUCGGCUGAUGGAGGAGCUUUUCUGUGUCUGCAUUCAGCUGCUCAACAAGACCUGGAAGGAGAUGAGAGCCACACAGGAGGACUUUGACAAGGUGAUGCAGGUGGUGAGGGAGCAGAUCACCAGGACGCUGUCCAGUAAGCCGACCUCCCUUGAGCUCUUCAAGAACAAAGUCAAUGCCCUCAACUACAGCGAGAUCCUCAAACUGCGGCAGACAGAACGGCUGCACCAAGAGGAGACUCUUGCUCCACCCGUACUUGAGCUCAAAGAGCGCCUGAAGCCAGAGCUGCUUGAGCUGAUCCGCCAGCAGAGACUCAACAGGCUGUGUCAAGGAACAAUGUUCAGGAAGAUCAGCAGCCGUCGCAGACAGGAUAAACUGUGGUACUGUCGCUUGUCGCCCAAUCACAAAAUGCUUCACUACGGUGAUGUGGAAGAGGACACGGACAAUCCACCAAUUGAAACACUGCAAGAGAAGAUUCCAGUUGCAGACAUCAAAGGCCUGCUGACGGGAAAAGACUGUCCUCACAUGAAGGAGAACAAAGGCAAACAGAACAAGGAGGUGCUGGACCUGGCAUUUAGCAUCACAUAUGACGUAGAAGAGUACAGCCUGAACUUCAUCGCCCCCUCUAGAACUGAUUUCUGCCUGUGGACAGAUGGACUGAGCGUUCUCCUGGGCCGGGAGAUGAGUAGUGAAUCCAUGCGCAGCGAGCUGGAUAUCCUGCUCUCUAUGGAGAUUAAGCUACGCCUCCUGGACCUUGAGAACGUCCCCAUCCCCGACAGAGCACCAGUCGUCCCCAAACCACCGAGCAACUACAACUUCUGCUACGACUUCAGCCAGACGGAGCAGUAGAGUGUGUGCAUUCGCUGGAGUGCAACUAGAACGUGUGAAUGUGUAAAUAUAUGUGUGAGUGUGUGUGUCUGAAAUAAGAGGUGUGUGUGUGUAUGGUGAGCUCUGACCUGUGCUUCCACGCACUUAUUCCUAUAACACAGAUUUAAUACAUUAUAUUUUUCCUCUGUGGCCGUGCCCUCUACAUCCAAAUGAAACAUGAACCUGUGGAAAACUACAGUUGUGGUUGUGGAACCGCUCCCAAAUGGCUGUUGACUGUACAAAUGCUGCAGAUUAUCUGGGAGUUCGUCUGUACAUUCAUGCCCCCCCCCCCCGUCACUGCGCUGGCGCUCAGCUGGAAACGUCAACACAACUCCAAAAACAACAGACACUUGGCACAAUGACAUUCUUCUUAUGCAAUACAGCCACUCAAGUCAUGGUACUUUAAUUUUGUUUUGUAAUCAUUUUAUAUUUCUAAAUAUAUCUAAAACAAUGUAUGAUACAUGGAUUAUUCCUGUGUGCGAGGCUUGACCUCAUUGGUUGAGUCGUUAUGCUUUGACGUUUGUCUAAGAAUGCUGGUUGUGCUCAUUUAUACAUUUCUUUUUUGUUUCUGUUGCUUUUUUUUUUAAAGGGCAUUAACUAGGACACAGUGCUUUCUCAAUAUGUGGUACAUUUUGGACUCAUUUCCAACAUAUGAAAGACAAAUACAGUACAUUUUCAGUGUUGGACAAUAUUCUGCUUAAGUAUACCUUUAGGUACUGGCCUUGGUACGCAUCCCAGCAGCAUAAUACGAUGACUGUAGAGCAGCGAUGCUUUGAAAAACUCUGUUAAACUUUAAUUUGUUCUUAUAAUGAUGCAGAUCUGCAUUAGGUACCAAGCUGACUUUUUUCUGUUUAACAAUUAGAAAUUGUACCUUUGCCAUGAUCAACAGUCUGAUAAUGAGAAAAACUUUUAUCAGGUUUUAUAUCCAGCUCGCAAUCAUCCCUGUAAAUCUGUACGAUGCAAUCAGUGGUCAUUUUUAGGUUUUCAUUAACUGUCUUGGAUCAGAUCCAGAAUUAAUUUUAAAACUGAUGGAUUUUAUACAAGAUACUUUGUGUGAUACGAUGGGGGCGACAUGCUACACUCAGUGGUGACACUCAACGCAGCGACACAGUAACUGACACAGGUCUACAUUAAACCACACGGUGUGUUUGAGUGUUCUCUGCCUGUUUUUGGCACAGGGUUAUUUCACAACUGUCCUCUGCAGUGCAUUCCUGACACCCAACUCUCUGUGAUAAUAUCGACUUUGAAUCACGCACUUGGGGUGACUUCACAUGAAUAAACAGUUUGAUUUAUACUGAGAAAAACAA